UACUGAACAUCAUUUUAUGAAGGAUAAAACACUAACGAAAUUAAAACCUUCAGAGAAGUAUCAUACAAAAUGAAAACAAUGACACUGAAAUCCUACGCUUUUCAGAAAAUACGGUGAAAACUAAACAAUGACACUGAAAGAUUACGCUUUUCUUUUAGAAAAACUAAACAAUGACACUGAAAGAUUACGCUUUUCAGAAAAACUAAACAAUGACACUGAAAGAUUACGCUUUUCAGAAAAUAUGAUCAAAACUACCGAAAUAUGAUGAAAACGACUUUUUUUUACUGAGCAUCAUUUUAUAUUAAAUAAUAAAAAUCUCAAAAAAUUAUAACCUUCAAAGACGUAGCAGAAAAAAAUUAUAACAAUGCCACUGAAAUAUUACGCAUUUUCACAACAAUGUGAUGAAAACUACCGAAAUACGAUGAAAACGAAUGUUUUACCGAGUAUAGUUUCAGUCACGGUAAACGCCAUGAAAAGCAGAACGUAAUUCGCACAGGAAUAAAGAGUUUCAUUCGAGGGAAGUGGAGAGCUUCCGAAAUGCUGUUGAGAAGAAGAAGAAGGAGGAGAAGAAGUCAAAUUACGAAUGAAAACAAAUGCGGAGGAAAAGAGAGAAGUUGUGACUUCUUUGACAGAAGUUCGGGUUUCGCUUCGUCUAAUCCUCUGAGAUGGAUGUUUCUGGCACUCCUCGUUCUUCCGGGAACAAUGGCAUCGGAUGUCAUCCGCAUUGGUGGCCUGUUCGACAUGGCAGACGACGGACAGGAGGCAGCGUUCAAGUACGCAGUCAAUUCCGUCAACAGCGACCGCACCGUGUUGGGCCACGUUCGUUUGGCUGCUCUGGUCGACAACGUCCCGUUCGGUGACUCCUUCCGCGGGGCUAGAAAAAUCUGUUCGCUCGUGAGAUCCGGAGUAGCAGCCAUCUUGGGACCCCAGUCCGACCAGACUUCUGCGCAUGUGCAGUCGAUGUGCGACGCCCUGCAAAUCCCUCACAUAGAGAACUUGUGGAUUUCCGCUUGUCGGGCGACUCCUACUCCAUCAAUCUCUACCCUCAUCAUCCACCUUGGCCAAGUGUUACUAUUAAUAGUAUUAUUGAUACUGAAGGCCGGUACCAACUGA